AUGAAGUGCUUUCUACUAAUCAUCACACUCUAUGGAGCACUUUCUUAUGCAUUGCCUGUACCUCGGGAAGCUGAGGACAUUUCAGAGAAGGACAUGGAGCUUGCCAAGAAAUACAUAGAAAAGUACUAUCCUGCAUCAAAGCCAACAACUGGAUUUCGAAGCCGAAGGAGUGUCCCUACUUCAAAGAUAAGGCAAAUGCAGGAAUCUUCUGGAUUGAAAGUAACUGGCAAACUAGAUCUGAGCACAUUGAAAGCAAUGAAGAAGCCCAGAUGUGGGAUUCCCGAUAUUGGAGACUUCAGCACUUUCCCUAUGUCUCCAAAAUGGGGAGUAAAAGACUUGACAUAUAGUAUUCAGAACUACACACGAGACAUGGAGCCUGCUGAUAUUGAUGACGCAAUUGAAAGAGCCUGGAAAAUGUGGAGCGAUGUGACCCCACUGACUUUCACCAGAGUCUACAAUGGCUCCGCAGAUAUAAAGAUCUCUUUUGUAACUGGGGAUCAUGGUGACUUUCGUCCCUUUCAAAAAGGUGGUGAGGAGUUAGCUCAUGCAUUUUCGCCUGCAUUUGGUGGAGAAGUCCAUUUUAAUGAUGAUAAGGACUGGACAAAGGAUUUGACAGGCACUAACUUUUUUAUUGUUGCUGCCCAUGAAUUUGGCCACUCCCUGGGUCUCUAUCAUUCUAGUUUUCUGAAGGCUUUGAUGUUUGCAUUGUACACAGCUACAGACCCCGAAACCCUACAGCUUCAUAAAGAUGACAUUGAGGGCAUCCAGUUUCUUUAUGGAAAACCUGAAGUCAACACUGACUCAAGAAAACCACCAGUAAAUAUUUUACAAGAGGCAACCUCAACAGACUUGUGUGACCCUCAGUUGGCUUUUGAUGCUGUGACUAAACUCCGAGGAGAGACCUUAUUCUUUAAAGACAGCUUCAUAUGGCGAAAGAAUCCUCUUAAGCAAGAAGUUGAAAAUUCAUAUGUUUCCUCUUUCUGGCCAGUUCUGAAAAGCGGCAUAGAUGCUGCCUAUGCAAUUCAAGAUAAGGAUAUGGUCUAUUUUUUUAAAGGUACUAAAUUUUGGGCAGCAAGGGCCGAUAUUAUUGAGCCAGGUUUCCCAAAGAACAUUCACAGGCUUGGCUUUCCAAAAACUGUUAAGAAAAUUGAUGCAGCUGCUUAUGAUGAAAACUCCAAGAAAACAUACUUCUUUUCAGGUGACAAGUAUUGGAGAUAUGAUGAGACCAAGAAUAUCAUGGAAAGGAGUUAUCCAAGGUCAAUAGCAGCUGACUUCCCUAGCAUUGACUCUGGAGUGGAUGCUGCCUUUCAACAAGAUGGACGUCUCUACUUAUUCAGUGGCUCAAAGCAAUAUGAGUUUGACAGCAGAACCAAAAGAUUUCUUGGCAGAAAGAAGGCUAACAGUUGGUUUGGCUGCAUGAGACCAAAGAAGAAUGAAAGGAGACCAGAAUAAUGAAAUCUCUGCUUCUUCAUCCCAAAAACACAUGCCUUUGUCUUGGACGUUUAUCAGUCUGUCCUGUGUUUUCGACUCAG